AUAUUGCGUUUGAUUGCACACAGGAAGGAGAGUAUACGCCUAGGUUUCAUACAGACCUACACUCGUAGCAACUUGCUUGGCAACAGAAGCGGUGUGCUGAAAAAUUAUCAAAAUCGUCUUUAAAACCGUCCAAAAUGCGCCCCAAAUAUUACACACCUAACGAAGUUUCGGUGCAUAAUACACUGAAAGACCUUUGGGUGUCAUUUUUAGGAAAAGUCUAUGAUUUGACACCACUUUGUGACGAUUAUACAGGUGAUGUACUUCUGAAGCCAGUCAUAGCCUCUGCCGGCAAAGAUAUUUCGCAUUGGUUUGAUAAGAAAACCAAAGAGAUUCGAACCCACGUUGACCCGACCACUGGUUGUGAGUUCCCGUACACUCCACACGGGCGGUUCGUGCACAUCCCCCCGCCCUGCCCCCGCACGGACUGGGCCAACGACUUUGGCCGGCCGUGGUGGAAGAACGACACUUUCUGCAUCGGGAUCCUGUCCGCCAAGACGCGCUACAUCAAGAUCAUCAACACGCUGACGUCACAAGAACACAUCAUCGAAGUUUGCUCGGAGGAGAUCAUGUCGGAGAUCUUGGACCGCUACCUGAAGUGGAACCAGCACGCGGCCAGCUACACCUGGAAGUACAACGGCGUCAACCUGGACAUGGCCAAGACGCUGGAGCAGAACCAGGUCAUGGACGAGGACCAGGAGUUCUACAAGCUCAGCAUGAACGAUGACGAGUUCCUGCCGGCCAUCCACCUGUACUUCGACGACGACCUCACUGAGGCUUGAGUGGUGUUGCUUGUGGUGGGGUGGAGGGGGGGGGGGGGUUGAGAGGCAAGGAAGGGGAGGGUACCAGAAAAUGUCCAACAAUGCAUGGAUGAACCUAUUAGCAUCCGCACUACACUGUAUACAGUUGACACUCCGCAAUACAAACUCUGCCGGACAAAGCCAAAAUGUUUGUUCUAUUCGAAUUUUGUAUUAAGAAGAGUGCCGGUCCUAUUCGUUGUUCACAUAAAUUCACGGCCAGAACUGAGGCUUUAUGUUCACUAUACCCAGGAGGUGGUUGUAACAGAGUUUGUAUUGAAGAGAUUCGGCUGCGCAUCAUAUUUAUUCCUGAAAUGAAUCUAUGAACCAUACAGUGCUGGGACGGAACAGGGAGUAAUAGGUAGGGAUGCUUGGGUGGUACACGGACUAACGGGUUAAGAAAUUCCUCUUGAAAAUUCAUGUGUAAUACCAUGACGCUCAUUGAGGAUGUAAGUGGUUACCUGGGGGUGCGGCAGACCAUUGCAGUGGGGGGGGGGGCACAAAGUAACAAGCAUGUAUGACGAUGAAUUCUUGCGAUCCAUUUCAAUCUCGGUGACAGCAAUACAUGUGCUGCUGAAAUUUCAUUGCGCUUCAAGCAGGUCAAAGCACUGGAGCAUCAAAGGGGCCGGGCCUUGGGCCACAGUAGGGGGAAACAAGAUCAAACAGCAUGAAAGUUCGGUAACAUCCUUUCGGUCCGAAAAUACGAAUACAUGUAUCAGCAAAUGGACCUGAAUCAUUGUGACUUCACGCUUUGCUUACAUAUGCGCUUUCAUAUGGGAUCUCUCGUCCCAACCUGGCUCCCAUAAGAAAGCACGCAUGUAUAACAAAGCGUAACGUAAUGAUGCAUGGCUUUUGGGCAUGGUUCUUAAACAUUGAUACCUUUAUUUCUUGCAUAACUACUUCAAUGUCAUUAUAUUGUAGAAAAGCUGUUUUUAACAGAUGAUGUUUAUAAAAAAAUUCCCCACUGAUUAUUAUUAGUGUCACAGCUUUGUAAAUAUUAAAAUGUUGUAAAUACAGUUGCUGUAUUAAACUUCUUUCAAAAUGA